CGCAAAAUGGCGGAUGGAGAAAGUUGACAAGUUAAAGAAUAAUUCAAUGCAAUACUUUCAGUUCCGUUCACAAAAAAAUGCUAGAACCUUAAGAAUACUUAAAACAGCGAUAAAAGCUUUUGUUGUCACCAAGUUUUACCGUUCGGUAAGUGAAGGUCUUGGUCACUCAAUAUCAUGCUUUGGUGUUUUGAUCUGCAACAUGAAUACUUUGUACACAUGGCCAUCAUCAGAAGGCAUUCAUUGAUUCUUGCAUUGCAACAAGUUGGUAUAAAAUGUUCAGCAAAAUGUCUGGUAAAUUAACUGAAGAGCAGCUGAGAAGAAUAGAAGAAAACAAAAGAAAAGCCUUGGCAAAAAGAGCGGGAAAGUUACACUCCUCUACAAAUCUACAUAGUGUGGAGUCCACUCCAGUUACCUGCUCUAAUAAAAUACAGGAUGGACCAAAAUUAUCAUGUGGUUCCACAAGUGAUUUCAGAAAUCAAAUACAGAAGGUGAAAACUGGAAUAGGGCCUACUCCUACUGUACAUGGGUCAGAUAAUGCAUAUGGAGGAGCAUUUACAUUAAAAAAUUCAGGAAAUAGUAUAAAUAAAACACAAGACGGAUUAGCAAGCACAAAAGGCCCUGUAGCCAACAUAAGUAGAACACAGGUGGUGGUAGCACCAGCUGCAGGUUCAAUUAGAGCCAAUGACGUUAUGAAAGACAAGGGUAGCCCUGUUGUGAUGAAUAAUGUCAGAGUCGAACAUACUUCAGACUUGCAAAAAAGUAGUGUAAAUAAAACUGGUGGAAUUGUGUCUUUACCAGAGAAACCUUCUGUUUCAACAAAACUUCCUUUAGGGUCCGGAGAAAAUAAUUACAGUGCUGCAAGUUCUGUUAAUAGCAAUUUACAGUCUAAAACUGUAGUUUCAAAAGCCAAGAUAAAUUAUGACCAGAUUGAACAGAACCGGUUGAAAGCUUUAGCAAAAAGGGCCGAAAAACUAAGUAAAAGUCCAGGAAAAAGUUUGAAUCCCUCAUCCAACUUCAGUGAAAGUAAUAAAAUGUCAGAAAAGAUCGGUGAUAAGUCCGGGACACUUGCGACUUCUUUUGAAAAGCAGCAAGGAACAUUCCAACAAAAUGUAUUAUCUGGUGAAAAUUCUGGUAAUAUAAAAUUACUUCAUAAACAGCAAACUCUAUCUUCUGCUGUCACCAGCAAUAAUAAUACGUCGUUAAGAAGUGUUAAAUCAAAUCUAAACUGUGCCGGUCCAUCUUCAAGAAAUCAAGACACUUUUGCUCAGAGUAGUACUAACAGUGAAUCAAGCAACUCUGGUCAGAACAUAUUCUCAAAAUUUACUGGUACCCCAGUAAAAGGAGGCUGUUUCCUGGUUUCCAGGGACAGAUUUGAGGUAAAGGUUGGAUAUAGUGCUCCACUCAUAGAACUGUUCAAAACCAUGAAGACUAAGCUAUAUGAUGCUGUUUCGAAAAAGUGGUCAUUCAAACUGUCGGAAUAUAACAGCUUUAUGAUUGUUGUCAGAAAUCUUCACCCAGCUGUAGAUAUAGAGCCUCUUCCAAGAGCAAUUACAACUACAUUCAGUGCUCAGAUCAAGGGAGAGAACCCACCUAAACAUGCACCUAUUGCAGAUCUGUCUAGAGUGGAACAAAGUCUGGUUAACUCACUAAUGUCAUUUCAGAGGGAAGGGGUCAAUUACGGAAUUUACAAGAAUGGUCGAGUGUUGAUUGCAGAUGACAUGGGGUUGGGUAAAACUAUCCAGGCAAUCUGUUUGUCGUGUUACUACAGAACAGAGUGGCCCUUACUUGUGGUGGUACCAUCUUCCGUCAGAUUUGACUGGGCACAGAAUUUUCUGAGAUGGGUUCCCUCCCUUGACCCUCAGAGUGUGAAUGUUGUUGUGACAGGAAAGGAUAGCUGUACAUCUGGUCUCAUCAAUAUACUGAGUUAUGAUCUGAUGUCGAGGAAAGCGGACAUACUGAAAAAAAAAAGAUUUCAAAUUGUUAUCAUGGAUGAAUCACACUUACUAAAGAACUACAAAACAGCAAGAUGUAAGGCUGCAAUUCCUUUAUUACAGAAUGCAAGGCGUGUAUUGUUGCUGAGUGGGACCCCAGCUCUGUCACGGCCGUCUGAACUUUUCACACAGAUUGAUGCUGUUUGUCCAUUCCUCUUCAAAUUCCAUGAUUUUGGUGUGAGAUACUGUGCAGGAACUAAGUUACCAUGGGGAUGGGAUUACUCUGGUUCCUCCAACAUGGAAGAGUUACAGAUACUUCUAGAGGAAAAAAUAAUGAUAAGACGUUUAAAAAAAGAUGUACUAACAGAACUGCCAGAUAAAAUACGUCAGAUGAUUCUGCUGGAUCCAAGCUCUAUUAAAAUCAGUAAAGAUUUGAAAUCAGCAUCUGAAGUUAUGGCCAGUGGAAACUUGAAGAAAAUGGAGGAGAGGGGAGCAUUGUUGGAAUUUUUCCAUAAAUCAGGAUCUGCUAAGAUGAAGGCCAUAAAGUCAUAUGUGGAGGACUUACUGGAUAGUGAGAAAAAGUUCCUCAUCUUUGCUCACCAUGGAGAUGUCCUUGACGGAAUAGAGGAAACUGUGAAGGCAAAAAUAGAUUUGAACUAUAUGCGGAUUGAUGGGAAGACAAACUCGGAACAGAGGAACUUCCUGUGUAAGAAGUUUCAGUUAAACGAGGAUGUUAAAGUUGCUAUUCUCUCUAUUACUGCUGCAAAUGCGGGGCUAAAUCUUUCAUCUGCUUGUCUUGUUGUCUUUGCAGAACUCUUCUGGAAUCCAGGGAUACUGGUACAAGCAGAGGACAGAGCCCACAGGAUUGGUCAACAGGAUAUGGUGAAUGUCCAAUAUCUUGUUGCUAGGGGAACGUCAGAUGACCAUAUUUGGCCUAUGAUACAGAAUAAAUUGGAUGUGCUUGGUAAAGCUGGUCUCUCAAAGGACAACUUUUCCUCUGCAGAAACUACCAGACUUAGGGACCAGAGACAAGAGGAGAUAACAAAAUUCCUGGAGGAGUCUUUCUGUGAUGAUGGAGUUGUUUCCCAUGUUGCUGAUAAUAAUGGUAUUUUUGAAGAGGAAUUUGAAAGUUCACCAAAGAAAGCAUUUAAACAGUCGAGCAUAUUGAAGUAUACUUCACCAGCUAAAGACAUAGAGACUUUCAGAAGUUCCAGUACUCCACCUAAAGAAAAGAAACCAAAAGGACUUUUUAAAUACUUCACCCCAGAGAAGAAAUCUGGCAGUGAUGUCUAUAAUAACCCCAGUGAAAAUUGUGCUACUUACUCUACAUUUGAGGGUCAUAGUUCAAGGCCAGAUGAGAAAGGUCAAGAUGAUGACCUUGAGAAAUUUCUGCUGGACAGUGAUGAGGAGUGGGAGGGUAAUGAUGAUGGACCUAUUGUGAAAAAGAGGAGAACUUGAUACAUUAGUACAGAGUAUUAUUUGAAAGGGACUUGUGCUAUAUUUUAAGUUGAAUACCCCAUUGAAACUUGAUGCUAUACUCAUAUUCAGAUUUAAAGAUUUACCAUCAUUAGUUUUGGA